GCGCUGGAGCAGACUCCCCAGCACCAAGCCUGUCAGAGUUCAAGAAGCAUUUGGACAGCACUCUCAGGCUCAUGGUGUGACUUUUGGGGUGUCCCUUGAAAGGCUGAGAGUUGGACUCUAUGUUCCUUCUGGGUCCCUUCUGACUCGGAAUAUUCUGUGAUCACUAAUUCUGGUCGGCUUUCUCCAGCAUUUCCACACUGAAAAGCUCAGUGUGUCUCCCUAUGGCCAGGCAUUAGCAGGUCUGAGGCAGUUAACAACACGAAAGGAAUUUAUGAUGAAGCCUUAAGCAGUUUCUUCAGGAAUGUUGAUACAAGAAGUGGUGAUAAUGGUCCUGAUAUUUACAAAGGAAAAAUCUGCUCUUUAAAAGCACGAGCUCUGUUGAUUGACAUGGAGGAGGGUGUGGUAAAUGAAAUUCUACAGGGACCAUUGAGGGAUGUGUUUGAUAGCAAGCAACUUAUCACAGAUGUUUCUGGUUCAGGAAACAACUGGGCUGUAGGUCAUAAGAUAUAUGGCUGUCAGUACCGAGAAAACAUAGUGGAAAAGCUGAGAAAAACUGCUGAGCAUUGUGACUGUCUACAGUGUUUCUUUAUAAUUCAUUCCAUGGGAGGUGGGACAGGAUCUGGUCUUGGAACUUUUGUACUAAAUUUGCUUGAGGAGGAAUUCCCAGAAGUAUACAGAUUUGUUACUUCAGUUUAUCCAUCUGGUGAAGAUGAUGUUAUUACUUCUCCAUAUAACAGUGUUCUGGCUAUGAAGGAGCUUAAUGAACAUGCAGACUGUGUACUACCAAUAGAGAAUGAGUCUCUGUUUGAGAUAGUUAAUAAAAUUCAUCAGAUGAUCAAUUCUGGGAAGUUAGGAUCGACUGUGAAGCAAAACAGCUUGGUAACAUCAAGUGCAGGGAGUGCAAAAACGCUACAAGAGAAGCCAUUUGAUGCAAUGAAUAACAUCGUAGCCAACUUGCUGUUGAACCUGACAAGCUCUGCUAGAUUUGAAGGUUCCCUAAACAUGGAUCUCAAUGAAAUCAGCAUGAAUUUGGUUCCAUUUCCUCGACUUCAUUAUUUGGUUUCAAGUUUAACUCCUCUGUAUACACUGGCAGAUGUUAAUGUUCCUUCUAGAAGGCUGGAUCAGAUGUUCUCAGAUGCAUUUAGCAGAGAUCAUCAACUAAUCCAAGCAGAUCCAAAGCACAGCCUCUACCUCGCCUGUGCACUUCUUGUUCGAGGAAACGUGCAGGUUUCAGACCUUCGCAGAAAUAUUGAAAGGUUGAAGCCUUCUCUUCACUUUGUCUCCUGGAAUCAAGAGGGCUGGAAAACUGGUUUGUGUUCAGUACCUCCUGUGGGCCAUUCCCAUUCCCUUCUGGCUUUAGCAAACAACACAUGCAUAAAACCAACUUUCAUUGAACUCAAAGACAGAUUUAUGAAGCUCUACAAGAAAAAGGCUCACCUUCACCAUUAUCUGCAAAUAGAUGGGAUGGAGCAAAGCUGUUUUUCGGAAGCUAUAUCCUCUUUGUCUGACCUAAUAGAAGAGUACAAUGAACUGGAUGCUACAAAAGAUGGGCCUAGAAUAGAUCCUUCAAGACUGAAGAUCGCUGUUUAAAGAAGGAAGAACUGAUUUUAAAAACAACAACAACAAAAAACACUUUCCCUAAGCAUGCAGCUGCAUCAGUUAACCAGAGUGACUUGCAGCAUGCUAUUGUAAUUUCAAAGUGGGACCAGCACAACAGCUUCCUUACCUCAAGAGUUGUCAUUAAGUGGUGGGCCAUGCCUGUAAGAAAGAUUUGAAGGCACCUAAUUGUGGCUGAUAUCAGUAAGGGCAGUAAUCCUAACUGUGGAAUAAAUUGACACACAAUAUGCUGUGAAGAAAAGGAGGAGAGAUUGUAUGUAGCAACCAAAAAUAUAAUUCUUCUCUCAGACUUUCAACUUACAGUAAACUAAAGGUAGGUCUUACUUCAAAGAAGGAUCACCAUUGCUAGAUUUAGUUUUUAACAAGUGACUGCAAAGAGAAGAAAAGCCCAUGUAGUCUUCUCAAAGAUGAAAGCAAGUCUUUAAUGAAACUGCUUUCUUAUACUUUUGCAGUAGACAUUUCAGAAUGCUCUAAGCUAUGUUCCGCGUUUUAGUAUUUCUGCUUCUAUGUUGUACUUAGCUAUAUUAGAGCAUUCUCAGUUGAUACCAAAAUUGGAAAUAACAGAAAAUUCCAAAAAAUAAAUUUUGUUUCAAGUAUUAUACUUGGAAUAUUAAUUAAUAUUUUCAUGAUUCAUAUUCAUGAAUGAUGAGUUGCACUUGAUAAUGGGAUGAUACAGAAUACUUCUGAGUGAAACAUGCACUUAUGAUGAAGUUGUAAUGACCAUUUGGAGAAAAAUGCUUAUAGCCUCGAAAGAAUGCAAGUAAAAUAAAUGUUUUAAUAUUUAUAGUUAUCAGGGUAAGCAGCUUUUUAUAUUACAGUAAUAACUUUUACAAAAUAGAAUGUACAGCUUUCCAGUUGCUUUCCAGUGAACUGUUACAGAUCAGAAUGGAUUGAUAUAAUGAUUUCUUGAAAUUUGAAGUCCUAGCACAGUUGGAGUGGAUAUGUAAGUAAGCGCAAUUUUGAAUGUAUAAGCCUGUAAGUAUUCAAUAAAGUAUUGUGAUAACA